GGCUCCUCAUCUUCGCCCCCGAAAUUUCAGUCAACGAAUGGUCGCACGAUCGUGCUGAUCGUGUGUUUCGUGCACGCAACGGCCGUACCUACACAGCGAUCCCACGACUUACAAGAGGCUGCGCGAUUGCGUAAAACGCAACCUUUCGGAUGGGCCAACCACCAGUGACCAGUGAAGCUAAUUCGUUCUCUUAACGUUGACCAUCGCAACGAGCCCAUUAGCUAUUCCCAGUUCCCAGUGCAACGAUGGAGACGAUCGAGGGCAGUACGGUGCGCAAUCGUAAAGCACAGCAAAAGAAGCCACCAAAAAGCGAGGAGGAAACAACCGAGGUACGAGACGAAAACCUUUCGAGCAACGAAAGACAUCAACGACCAAGUGACGAACCCUCGAGCAAAACGCUUGAAAACGACGACGACGGGAAGGAGCGCAAACGAUCCACCAGCACACCGGAAAAGCAUGAACGUGACGUCGAGAAUGAUCGGUUCAGUGUUACGGUCAACCUGCAGUUCAACGGUGCCACCGUGGGUCUGUUUUUGCUUUCCUUCCUAACUCGAUUCUACAGUAUCGGCUAUCCGGGAGGUGUUGUCUUCGAUGAGAUACACUUUGGAAAGUUCGUCUCGCUGUACCUCAAAAACACCUUCUACUUCGAUCAGCAUCCACCACUGGGGAAGCUGCUGAUAGCGGGCGCAGCCGGAACUGCGGGCUACAGUGGGAGCUUCGAGUUCCCCAAAAUCGGUAGCGAGUAUGAUGCGUCCGUUCCCGUGUUUGCGUUACGCUUCGUACCGGCAUUAUGCGGGAGUUUGCUGGCACCGAUCGUCUACUCGAUACUGCGCCAGAUGAAGCUAGGCCAAGGCAUCAGCUUACUCGGUGGACUUUUGAUCGUUUUCGACAAUGCGCUACUGACGCACUCGCGCUUCAUCCUGGUGGAAUCGAUUCUGCUGUUCUUCGCGGCACUGGGCAUCCUGGCGAUCCUGAAGUUCCUCCAGGCCGAACCAUUCAGCGCCCGCUGGUGGACCCAAGGGACGAUCGCGGCCAUCUCACUCACGGCUGCCGUUUGCGUCAAGUUCGUCGGUUUCUACAGCUACCUGCUGGCGGUGUACAUGAUGGGACGUCACGUUUGGCAGGAGUUGCCCGAUCGACGUCGCUCCAGUAUCUACCUGACGCUAAAAGUGCUCGCAAUGGCGACGCUCGUACUGUGCGUCUCGGCCGCCAUCUAUCUCGGUUGCUUCUACGUACACUUUGCCACACUCUACAAAGCGGGUCCACACGAUACGGUGAUGACGAGUGCAUUCCAGGCAUCGCUGGAGGGUGGCCUAGCGUCGAUCACCCGAGGACAACCGCUGCGCAUCCAGCACGGUUCCCAGAUCACACUAAAGCACACGCACGGACGCGUCUGCUGGCUCCAUUCGCAUCCGCACGUCUAUCCGAUCAAGUACGCCGAUGGACGAGGUUCGAGCCACCAGCAGCAGGUCACCUGUUACGGGUUUAAGGACGUUAACAACUGGUGGAUCGUAAAGCGACCGGAAAAGGAGGGUCUAAUGGUAGGCGAAGAUCCGGAUUACAUCGAAAACGGUGACAUCGUACAGUUGGUGCACGGUGUGACAAGCCGGGCACUGAACACACAUGACGUCGCCUCCCCAAUGUCGGCCCUAUGCCAAGAGGUGUCCUGUUACAUCGACUACAACAUCUCGAUGCCGGCCAAUCUGCUGUGGAAGGUGGAAAUCCUGAACAGCAAGGAUUCGAGUGGCAAAUGGUUCGCGAUCAGCUCGCAGGUUCGGUUCAUUCACGUCAACACGACGGCGGCGCUCAAGUUUACGGGCGAGCAGCUACCGGACUGGGGUUUCAAUCAGUUUGAGGUGGCCGCCGAUCGACGCCAGUACACGAUCGAUACGAUCUGGAAUGUGGAGGAGCAUCGUUACACGCAGCACAGCGACAAGAAGGAGGUGCUGAACAAACUGCUGACGACGGAGAUGAUACCGACCGAACGGACGCGCCUCUCGUUCUGGAACAAGUUCUACGAGCUGCAGAUGAAGAUGUUGCUUCACGCGGAUAAGGUUGAGGGUCACAUGUACUCGUCGGAACCGCACGAGUGGCCCCUGAUGGAUAAGGGGAUCGCUUACUGGAUCGAUGCUGAUUCGAAUGCGCAGAUACAUUUGCUCGGUAAUGUGGUGCUUUGGUAUUCGGCUACGAUCGCGAUCGCGCUAUACGUGGCUUUCCUCGUGUUUUAUCUUAUCCGUCGAAGGCGUCAGUUUUAUGAUUUGGAGCCAGCAGAAUGGGCACGCUUCAGGAUGGGCGGUGAGAUUCUGCUCGUCGGCUAUCUGCUUCACUAUCUGCCGUACUUCUUUGUCGAGCGCACGCUGUUCCUCUACAACUAUCUGCCGGCGCUGCUGUUCAAGAUACUGCUGCUUUGCUUCACCAUCGAUCAUACGCAGAUGGUGCUGCGGAAGUUUGUGAGCUCACGACCCAAGCUUGCCGGACUGUUUUGGGCGUUCGUUGGUGUGUGGUUCGCUGGUGUACUGUACUUCUUCCGACGCUACAGCGCGCUGAGCUACGGUAUGACGGCCCUGUCGGCCGAUGAUGUGCUCGAGUUGCGGCUCAAGGAUACCUGGGAUCUGAUCGUCCAUAAGCCCUAGGAGGAGCUGACGACGACUCUCGGCACUCGGUAGUUAUUUCGUUGAGAUUCGUACAUUUUACUAUUAAAAAAUACUCUCGCGUUGGCGAAACUUCAAUAAAGCGUGGCUUUCCUUUUGGACAUUUUUGAACAAAAAA